GCUGAUCGCGGUCAGCUGACCUGAAUGGAACAGACAUGGAUGUGUCAGUUUCAUUGUUACUUUGUUGGUUUGUUACAGCCUACCCGGAACUGGUGAGGGGCUCCAGGUCCGACUCCCACAGGAAGGUGUUAGAGUACGAUGACGCAGGCAACGUGGCCGAUAUCUCUCAGGUGCCGGCAAGCAGCUUCUACCCAGCGUACCAGCUGGAGGCGCUUUCUUGGGACAAUGUCAAUGCCACCCUGGACCGCCGCCGCCUGACUGCCCAGCUCUGCGGCCGCAACGCCAGCGACCAGCUGUUCAGCAAUGGGAGCUUCAGCUUCCGGAUAGCGGCCUUUGAGGGCACGAGCCGGGACAUGGAGUUACCGCGCCUCCUGCACACGGCCAACAGCUCGCGGCUGGAGUUCCUCAUCGACGGGGUGGCCCCCCGAGGGAACCGCUCUCGCUUCGCCCUGGAGCUGUUCACCCUGGAGGGCCUGGGGGCCAGGCCUGAGCUCAGACUGCACCACAGCAUUGACGAUGAGUACACCCCCAGCAUCUUCCAGAUGGAUCAGCUGGUGGCGCUGGGCGAGAACGGGAGUACGAUUGCCAGCUUCCUCCAAUGGAAGCCAGUGGCCUACACUUCCCAGCAUCCCUCGCUGGCCAACUCUAUGCCCACCCGCCAUUACGGCCUGCAACCGGGCCGCAACCACAGCCUGCCGGCCUUCAGCAUUGCCUACGCCUUCUACGGUGCCCCGCUGCCCGGGGGACCCCGCCUGGCGGCCAUGAACAUCUCCUUCGGCGGGCCAGGCAGGGCGCUCUACGAACCUGGGAGGCACAUCAGCUGGUCGGCUCUGAUUGGACACGGGGAGCCUCCACAGGAGCGGUUCUCUGUCCUGGUGGUAGUGAUCAUGACUGUGGCCUUGGGGUUGCCUGUCUUGCUGCUGUUGCUGGGUGGAGUGACGGUCUGUAUCAUACACCGGAGACAAACCACCACCCUCUACCAGCCCGUCAACUAGGCUCCCUGGAACCUGACAGACUGCACCACCUUCUGCAUUGACCAGUCUCCUACCUCCUCCAGUCCAUCCAUAGUCCAGGAGGCGCAUUGAAACUGCAGGAUGUACCCUGCAGACAUUUUUACCUCAUUUUUACAAUGUUUAAACUGUUACUGCUUUACUGUGGCUGCUCCACUGUGAGUGCGAGUGUAGAGGGAGCUUUACUCAUAAUUAACCCUGUGCUGCCCCUGUCCUGGGAGUGUGGGGGAUUGGGUGGGUGGGUACAGUGUAGGGGGAGCUUUACUCUGUACCUAACCCUGUGCUGUCUCUGUCCCUGGGAGUGUUUGA